AUGAAGUCAGCAAAUCUCUUCGAGCGAAGCACGCUUCAUGCUGACGUUCAAGCGGUUAGAGUCGCUACAGUUCAAGCCGAGCCUGCAUGGUGGGACCUUAAGGCAGGAGUCAGCAAGACUAUCUCGAUAAUCAAAGAGGCAGCCGCCAACGGUGCCGAGGUCAUUGGGUUCCCUGAAUCGUUCAUUCCAGGCUACCCUAUGGUCAUCUGGACCCAUGGGUUCAAUCCUGAAUUCUUGGCAAAGUUCAAGGCAAACGCGCUCGAUGUCAGGUCGGACGAGUUCAAGAGCAUACUUGAGGCCGCAAAGAAUGCGGGAAUUUGGGUCGUGUUAGGAUUUACCGAGCGCGAGGCAGGGACGAUGUAUGGCGCACAAGUCAUCAUCAACGCCCAAGGCGUCGUUGUCUUGCACCGACGAAAAAUCAAGGCGACAGGCCAGGAGCGUACGAUUUGGGGUGAUGGUCCGGCGGACUCCAUCCAGAGUGUGGUCUCGGGUCCAGAUGGAAUCAAGCUCGGAGCCUUGAACUGCUGGGAGCAUCUCCAACCCCUGCUUCGAUAUUAUGGAUACCAUCAAGGCGUUCAACUCCAGAUUUCCAGUUGGCCGCUCUUCCUUUCAAUGAAGCAAGAUGGACAUACCGAUUUCCAGUCCUCUGGUGAAGGCAAUGCGCUGCAGGCGCAAUUCACCGCUUUGGAAGGCCAAACCUUUGUCAUUUCGAGCACUCAGAUCCUCCGUCCCGAGAAUGUGGAGAUUUGUGGUCUUACUGGGGUAUCUGGCUGGGAAAAGGGUGGUGGCGGCUUCGCUGCGAUCUACGGCCCCGACGGCAAGCAACUGACCCCGCCAACCCAGCCUGACGAAGAGACAAUAUUGUAUGCGGAAGUGGACACCAACCAAGUGCUUGUGGCGAAAUUGUUGGCAGAUCCCGUUGGGCAUUAUUUCUCGCUGAGCAGUUCUCGUCCCGAUCUGCUUUCUCUGAAAGCGAAUCCGCGGCCGCAUCCAUUUGUAACCGAGGGCGAACCUGAAGCAGACGCCACGCUCCUCCGUCGACUACACAAUAUUCCAGUUGAAAUUCCUUUGUAA